CUGGCUACUCCAGCGCCAACGUGACGCAGCGGGCAACAAAUAUCAGUUCAAAUCGAUCAUCGCCGGGCCAGUACUGCCGCCCCCAAGCAUGCGUCCACCUCGCACUUUCAUCGUCAAGCUACCGCGCCACAGACCUGUGACUACCGCCGACUCUGGUACUCCAAAGCAGCUCGACAUAGCGGAAACGGACCGCUGGACCGUAUGCCUGGACGACAUGGUGCUGCAGUACAAGAAGCCCGAUACCUACGAGAUAUUGCCAUUCGCACAGCUGAGCCCGCGUCUCACCUGCACAGAGUCUUCGGAGUCGGACAAGCUUGUCAACCGCCAGAGCUCUUCCUCUACAACGAACGCCACGACUGCUCUUACCGGCCUUACCCGCCCAGCUAAGCGACCUCGCUCCGAGGCCAGCACGCUGCCCGCCACACCUAAGGAUACUUCAACGGCCAGUAGCCCGAACGACUUCUUCAGUCCUCCAAGAGCGUCCGAUUCCUCUACCAAACAGACUACCCCGGCGCCUAGCAUUCAAACGACAGGCAAAGGCAAAGGGAAAAUCAAGCAUGCUGAUGCAGAAAACUUGAAGGACCCGGCCAGCAUACCUAGCAUCAACAGCCCCCCCAACAUACUUCAAGUAGAGGAAGCCGUCCGAAACCAUUGCAAGCGUCGCCGGACCACUCCACAUAAACAGCUCUUAUCCAAACUCUGUGACUCUUUCAUGCAGACCAGAAAGCAUUUUGGCACAUACCUUGCAUCUUCCAUGGAGGCCGAGAAACGCCACGAGGAGUAUGCGAGGGCGCUUGAACAGAGACAGAAAGAUCACGACGCGUAUAUGGAGGCAACCAUCGGGACAAUCAACGAGAUCCAGACCUGUGUCGCGUAUCUCCAGAAGGAACUAGGCGGUGACAAGGAACCUGUUGUGAGCGGAGAGCAGUCUGUCAAAAUGAACAGCAUGGAGGAGGUGGUGGACGACGAAACAGACGCAGAAGCGAAAGAAGAAGAUGAAGAAGAAGAUGGUGACGCUUCUGUGGCGGAUCUUGGGGAGGCUGGGUCGGUUUACACUGAAAUAGGCUAGGCUUGCUUGUUGUGUAUGGCUUCCCGCGAUGGGGACGACAGAUGGGGCCAGGUGGAGUCUACGGAGUGAGG